AUGGGCCCGAAAAGAGGUAAAAAGGGCACUCCGUGGCCAGAACCACGGUUUGCAGAUGACCCUGAUAUACGCGCAUAUGUAGCUGCAGCCAUCAAAGAUCUCGAGGCACUGAAGAAGCACCAAGAAGCACUGGAGAUUGGCAUGCCCCAGUCGUACGUACAGGCCUGGGGACGUAAGGUGCCCUCGAACCCUCCCACGGUCCCUAGCGUGGGAUUGAGUAGUGGAGGAAGCUUGCCAUCAACCCCAUAUCCAAGCCAGGAGGACCUAGAGGUCUAUCUGGAACAUACCGAUCCAAAUAUCCUCAACCCGAUACGUCGAUUCCCGGAUAAGGUGGUGGAGAAGGCAAAUCUCGCAAUACGCAGCACUCAAGACACCACCAUCGCACAUCGACGAAUUGCGGCAGCCCGUAUACUACCUAGUGGCGAUAUUAUACUCUUACUAGGCACAGUGGACGACGUCGACCAGCUUACCCGCAAGAAGGACUGGAUUAGGGCAUUCGGAAACGAAGCACGUAUACGAAAACGUACAUGGGGCGUCGUCGUACACGGCGUCAACACGAAUAUCAACCCCAAACAGCCUCAAUUCAUAACCACGCUUACCUCAGAGAACGCCCCGGUGUUCGCGCAGCUUCCAGCCUCUAUGAAUGUCACACACACGGGCUGGCUCCUAAGCGAGUAUAAGAUCAAGGAACAGAAGCUCACAAAUGCCCACCUUGUAGUCAUAUUUGAUGAUGAAAGGAUUGCUAAUUUUGCAAUCCAACGCGGCCUUAUUAUUAAGGGAAGACAGCACAAUGUCUCAAUAUACGACAAAGCAGCCAAUCUCCAGCAGUGCUUCAAGUGUCAGAUGUAUAAACAUAUCGCCAGGCACUGUCAGCGCCAGAUCUGCUGCGCGUACUGCGCUGGAUCUCAUGAUACAGGGGAUUGCCCUACACCGAAAGAGAAAGAAUACGCUAAAUGUGCUAAUUGCACCGCAGAAAAUGUCCAUAUCAAAGAUCCUGCCAAGAGACUCAAUACGAAACACUUUGCGUACGCGAGGGAGUGCCCGAUACGAGCUACAUGCCUCGCAGAGGCACAUCAACGACGUACAUACGGCCCACAAUAUCACACUCCUGUGAUACGACCUGGCAAUAGUCAGCCCGGAGCCAUCUCACCAAAUGACCCUACACCAGCUGAAGCAGCCAAUACAGAGCGAAGUCCUCGCGCACCGGCUCGUACAGCCACCACACGUCGAUCUGCCAACUCAAGAAGUAAGAGCGCAGCAGCCGCCCGAAAACGAGUGGCAGAACGAUCUGAGCCCGAGCCGAUAAGCCCUACAUCAGGUGACCCUACCAAUAGAUCCUCGAAAAAGCCUAUGAGAGCGCAGUGGGAUAAAGAUCUAGUUAUAGAUGCAGAUCCUAAUCCUGAACCUAAGACAGGACCUGAGACCCAGAUCAAAUAUACAUAUAACACACGUGCACGUCAGAAUACGAAGCCUCCACCAGGAACCCCGGUUCUGCAAUCAGAUAUUGCUCCACUAGAAAUUUCACAUGUGCAAGCUGUUAGGACUGUCCGCCGAAGUAAGAGUGUGCGUACGAUCCCAGACGAUGACUCAUCUGAGGAUGAACUUACCCAGCCAUCAAUCCACGAAGCCCCUCAGGAUCCAAUCGAGCCAGCUCAGGAGGCUGAUACGCUAAUGACCACGAACCUUGAAGACAGCACCUGGGCUAACAAUCAGUAA